AUACAAAGUGAUAUAUUUCCAUUUAUUUGAUGCAAAAUACUUGUUCAGCUUUUGUGCCUGGAUGAAAAUAAUCUCAAUAUUCUCUUCUUGUACAGAACAUUUUACUGGUACAGAAAAUAGCAUGUUUUCUAAUUGACAAUCAUGCAUGAAACAAACAGCUCCAGUCUGACACCAAGAUAUUUUAUCCUUAAUGGGAUUCCUGGUCUAGAAGCUGCACAUAUCUGGAUCUCCUUGCCAUUCUGUUUCAUGUACAUUAUUGCUGUCACAGGGAACUGUGUGCUUCUCUACCUCAUCAGCCAUGAAGAGGCCCUGCACCGCCCCAUGUACUACUUCCUAGCCUUGCUGUCCCUUACAGAUGUUACCGGGUGUACUACAUUUGUUCCCAGUAUGUUAUGUAUCUUUUGGUUCAAUUUCAAGGAGAUUGACUUUAAUGCUUGUCUUGCACAGAUGUUUUUCAUCCACACGCUAACAGGCAUGGAGUCUGGGGUGCUCAUGCUCAUGGCUCUGGACCGCUAUGUGGCCAUCUGCUACCCUCUUCACUAUUCUACCAUCCUCACCAAUACUGUAAUUACUAAAGCUGGGCUCGUCACCUUCAUGCGAAGUGUGUUGCUCAUGAUUCCAUUUACUUUCCUCAUUAAGCGUCUUCCCUACUGCAGAGGCAACCUCAUCCACCACACCUAUUGUGACCAUAUGUCUGUGGCCAAACUAUCUUGCGGCAAUGUCAAGAUGAAUGCUAUCUAUGGUCUCAUAGCUGCCGUGUUGAUCGGGGGAUUUGAUAUGUUCUGUAUUUCCAUGUCUUACACCAUGAUUGCUCGUGCUGUAGUGAAACUUUCAUCUGCAGACGCUCGCCACAAAGCUUUCAGUACCUGCACAUCACACAUAUGUGCCAUCAUCAUCACUUAUGUCCCAGCCUUCUUCAACUUCUUCACUCACCGCUUUGGGGGACGCACCAUACCUCACCAUGUCCACAUUUUUAUAGCUAACUUGUACCUGUUGCUGCCUCCCACAUUGAAUCCAAUUGUCUAUGGAGUGAAGACCAAGCAGAUCCGUGAAAAGGUGAUAAAAUUGUUUUUUAGAGAGAAAAAGAUGUUGAGUAUGAGAUAAAUCAAUGAUAUAUUA